ACAUCAAUUCCACCUGGCAAUUCUUUUGGGCACCGAGAAAAUGGUCUCAAUUGAGAACGGAGCAAUCGCCGUCGCCGCGAACGGCCAUGCAGCAGCCGCCGGCAAGACGAUCGCUACCGAAGGGGUUGCUUUACCUCCGGCGUCUCAGUCCAACGGAGCUCAGCCGGAGACGGACCCUUCUCGGAAGCGGAAAAUGACGAGUCUGCCCUUGGAGGUCGGUACUCGUGUCAAUUGCCGGUGGCGAGACGGAAAAUACCAUCCUGUUAAAGUUAUCGAGCGCCGGAAGCUUCCUUCCGGUGGAGCUAACGAUUAUGAGUACUACGUGCACUACACUGAAUUUAACCGUAGACUUGAUGAAUGGGUAAAACUUGAGCAACUUGAUCUCAACUCUGUAGAAACUGAUGUGGAUGAAAAGGUUGAGGACAAGGUAACAAGCUUGAAAAUGACACGGCAUCAAAAGCGUAAAAUUGAUGAGACACAUGUGGAGGGCCAUGAGGAGCUUGAUGCUGCUAGCUUGCGUGAACAUGAAGAAUUUACAAAAGUAAAAAAUAUUGCCACAAUAGAACUUGGAAGAUAUGAGAUUGAGACUUGGUACUUCUCCCCUUUCCCUCCAGAAUACAAUGACUGUACCAAGCUGUUCUUUUGUGAAUUUUGCCUGAAUUUCAUGAAGCGCAAAGAACAACUUCAGAGACAUAUGAGGAAAUGCGAUCUCAAGCAUCCUCCUGGUGAUGAGAUAUAUAGAAAUGGAACUUUGUCAAUGUUUGAGGUUGAUGGUAAAAAGAACAAGGUUUAUGGGCAAAAUCUUUGCUACCUAGCUAAAUUGUUUCUUGAUCACAAGACCUUGUACUAUGAUGUCGAUCUCUUUCUAUUCUAUGUGCUGUGUGAAUGUGAUGAUCGAGGAUGCCACAUGGUCGGCUACUUCUCCAAGGAGAAGCAUUCAGAGGAGUCCUACAAUUUAGCUUGCAUUCUUACUCUGCCUCCUUAUCAGAGAAAAGGCUAUGGAAAAUUCCUAAUCGCUUUCUCAUAUGAGCUUUCAAAGAAGGAAGGUAAAGUUGGAACACCAGAACGACCCCUCUCAGAUCUGGGUCUCUUGAGCUACCGAGGAUACUGGACACGGGUUCUUCUGGACAUACUGAAAAAGCACAAGGGCAACAUCUCUAUCAAGGAGCUUAGUGACAUGACAGCCAUCAAGGCAGAGGAUAUUUUGUCCACCCUUCAGAGUUUAGAGUUGAUUCAAUAUCGGAAGGGGCAGCAUGUCAUAUGUGCGGAUCCUAAGGUCCUGGAUCGUCAUCUUAAAGCCGCAGGCCGUGGUGGCCUUGAAGUCGAUGUCAGUAAAUUAAUAUGGACUCCUUAUAAAGAGCAGAGCUGAUCUUUUAGUUCGGUGAGUUUCACUUCCUUCUCCACUACCACCGAUAUUGUGGUCCUUGAAGUUCAUGGAUAUGUACAUAGAACAUUCAACAGCAACCUUGCAAUUCUGGUGGUAGCCUCAGGUCUGACCGUUGUCUAACAUACUAUUCUAGAAAACAUAAUAUAAUCAGAGUGUAAAAGCUUUAUAACCUAGCAAUACAUGGGAGUGUACUUUUGUUGUAUACCGAACUGGAGUUAAUCCUUUUCUUCAGUGGAAAAUUGUAAGCUUGAGGAGGGAACCCUAUAAAAGGACGUGUGUAGUGGACUUGGCAUAAAUAUAAUUCGAAGAUUAGGAAGCGGGGGCCUCAUCCCAAUUCUUGAAGGGAGAGACGAGGCCCAGAUUGCUGAUGUAUAUUUUAUAUUACAGCUCUUGACACAAUAAAACAGGGUUUAAGUGUCGCGUGAACGCAUGACACUGGACAAU